AUGGCGUUGGAUAGGUACCACCGGCUGCGAGGGCUAUUGAGGCCAUUUCUUUUGGUAUUUGUUGCCGAAUGCACGUUUUGCAGUGCGCUAAGCCCCGAUACCAUUGUAGAGUUGAAUGCCUUCAUAGCUAACAUCAUGGCUUGUCGUAACCUACCCGGAUUGACCGUAUCCAUUGUCAGAGAGGACCGCCUAAUUUACGCCCGAGGGUACGGUGUCAAAUCACUGCACACGGGGGACCCGGUCACUAACUCUACCAGGUUCUGUAUCGGAUCUCUGAGCAAAGGUUUCACGGCCACUUUACUGGCAAUGAUCAUCGGUCAAAACGAAAGCCUGACAUGGGACACAACUCUGCAUGACAUUUUGGGGGAAGACUUCAUGCUCUCUGACGAGCACCGCACGAGGUUCGCGACUCUACGAGAUAUUCUGGCGCAUAAGACCGGCAUACCGGGGUAUUUUGGUGCUCUGCUGACCGGGUAUCAGGACUCUGUGGCAGACAUGGUCAGGGGACUUAGAUUUAUGCCUGCAUCAAGAAAAUUUCACUCCAAGUAUCUUUACAACAACUACAUGUUUAUCUUGGCUGGGUAUGUACUGGAAAGGCUCACGGGAAAGUCCAUGGAAACAUUGACCCGCGAGCUUAUCUUUACACCACUAUCCAUGACGUCAGCAACUUUUGCGGAAGAUUUUAACCACUGGGGGGAUUUCGCAUUACCACAUAUGUCCUUUAAUGGGGAGUUGCGACCCUUGGACACCGUGUGGCUCAAAAAGAGUUCCACCAUUAACGCUGCGGGUGGGAUUUGUGUAAACGCCGUUGAUAUGGCAAAGUGGAUGAACUUUCACCUUCGUGGAGGGAGACAUCCGGAAGGUCACUUACUGGUAGAUGUAGAGACUUUCAGUGAGCUUCACACCCCUCAGAUGCCCACUCCAAUGCCACUCGGCAAAAAGGUCCUAAAGCCACCCGUAUUCCCAAUAUCUGCCGGCAGAUUUGCCUAUAACCUCGGCUUUGGAUCCGGAACUUACAGAGGCUAUCACAACCUACUCCAUGGCGGCCGCGUGUUUGGCUUCGACUCUAAUCUUUGGUUGUACCCAGACAAUAAGCUAGGUAUCUUCACCAGCGUAAGCGGACCAAUGAACGACGAUGCCAUGAACGGUCUGCGAGUACUUCAUUACAAGAUCUCCGAUUUGUUACUCGGAGAACCGUCCUGGCUGAACCAUUCAACGGCUUGUCUCUUUCCUGACCCCUGGAUGGCCAACUCAAAGACGGUUAAGCUUAAAACGAUCGCACAGACGGACGGAGAGACCAAUGAUGUCGGCAGGGCAAGAUUCGUACCAAACGUACGCGUGCGCAGAAGGGCUUUGAUCUCGGACCGGCCUACACAGCGCCCCCUACUGGAAUAUACCGGAGAGUACAGCCAUUACGCAUUCGGUAACAUAUCAGUCGUUUUGGACAAAUCGGACAAAAUGUUGCACCUGAGACAUGGUGUGUUUGGUCACGCGGUGCUGUAUCCCAGUCCACUCAGACAUACAUUUAACAUGAAGUUCCUGGGUGUUUUGCAAUACAUUACUGAGGCUGACGGCUGGAAUCAUUUGCUACCCAUUAAAUUCCAGGAGGAUGAACAUGGUCGCAUUCACAAAUUGGCUGCUCUUUUCAUUGAAAUUGAAGUACCGCCUAAUUUUGUUCGAGGGCUGAACUGGAGACACAUACCGGAACCGGAAUUCAGGCAUCACGUGACUCAUUGUAAGCCCCUAAUAAACUCUGCAGGUUUGAAGGACGAUAUGGUCACAGUGAAAUUGGUGGCCGUACUAUUGGCUUUUGCUACAUGGUACAUAUGA